UAAUCACCAAAGAGAAUAUUCACGGCGAUGAAUUAGACAAUUUAGACAUGAUGAAAUUGAUUUUAACGAACUGAAAUAAAGAAGUACUUUAAUUACAUAAAUAAAUAAUUAAUACGUGUAUUACCUAAUAUUUCUUAUUUGCAACUUAUAAUAUUCUGUGACGCGCAACGCGCAAGUGUAGGGUUAUAAUUAACCUUCAUUUGAUUGGAAGUUUUUGUUAUGGUUCGAUUGGCUCUGAAUUAGGAAUUAAUUCUUAUAAAUAGGCAAACAGUGAAGAAGAAUAAAAUGAAGUUGACUUGGCAGUGCAUGUUUUCACCGCGUUUGUACAAAAUCUAUCGCGAUGGCAACAGAGAGGCAAUGUACCAACCUCAGGGUUUGGAAAAAUGGGGAGAUAGAGUCAUCACAACGGCCAACACAAUACUGAAUAUAGGAAUUUAUACAUCACCAUUCAUCUGCAUGUAUAUUUAUAAAAGGGGAUUCUUCUCUAUAGAAGAGACUAGAAACCUUGCCCGUUUCUUUGGAGGAAUUGGAUGUCUCAUCGCCUUCUCCUUUCUUAUGAGGGGUUUUGGUCGAGCAACCAACCCAAAGUAUGUAGCAUUCUACAAGGCUCUCACCAACACAGUUGCUGACCAAAGAGUAUAUCUGAAUAAUAUAAGGAAGUAUGACUUUGAUUUUCGCUCUUGGCCUGUGACAUACUCUGUACCACCAAAACUAAGUUCCUCAUGGUUUGAUAAGCACCCAUUCAGCAAUUGUGCAAAUGUUAAUUUGCCUCUCUACCAAAGAACCACUAUUCAAGUAUUGGCUUAUGCAGCAACCCAUACUUUUGGCUUGCGUCUUAUUUACCCGGGUUCUGUGGGUCUUGUUCAGAAUCUUUUGUGGUCUGCUCUCUUUCAAGGUAGAGCUCAACUUGUUGAACAAUUUGAAGGGAAGCGUACAAAAGUAGGUACUGCUGAUGGAAACCACAUAGACACAAUGUUUGUGGACAAUAGAGAAACUUCAGUGAAGGGUAAAACACUGGUAAUCUGCUGUGAGGGCAACUCUGGAUUUUAUGAGAUUGGUAUCAUGACUACACCAGUGAAGGCUGGUUAUUCAGCCUUAGGAUGGAAUCACCCUGGCUUUGCUGGAAGUACUGGUUUGCCAUAUCCAGAGCAAGAGCAUAAUGCAAUAGAUGCAGUGAUGCAGUAUGCAAUCAAUGAACUUGGUUUCAAACCUGAAAACAUAGUAUUGUUUGGGUGGAGCAUUGGUGGAUAUGCUGCUGCUUGGGCUGCACUUAAUUACCCUGUCAAGGGAUUGGUAUUAGAUGCAACUUUCGAUGAUUUGUUACCUUUGGCUGAGAACCAAAUGCCAAAGUCAUGGGCUCUAUUAGUGAAAGAAGUGGUUCGCUCCUAUGUGGACCUGAACAUCGCUGAACUGGUCGCACAGUACACAGGCCCAAUACAACUAGUUCGACGCACUGAGGACGAGAUUAUCUGCCUAAGACAAGGACUGCUAUCAACUAAUCGUGGCAACCAUUUACUGCUGCGUUUGAUAGCGGCACGACAUCCUGAUGUAGUAACAGAAGCAGCAGAGGAGACAACCGUGGCUCCUCUUGAUAAAUACGUCUCCUUGAUGGAUUCACAGCGUGCUGCUUUAGAACGCAGCGAGGUUGACGCUAAUGAUAAACGGAAUCUACAACUGAUUGGGCGAUACAUGCGCGAUUACAAGUCUAGUCACUGCACACCAUUGCCUGAGCAAGUCUUUGAUUCUGUGAUGACCAACCUAACUUCCAAUAAAUUAAAUUAAUUUAUACACAUA